AUCAAACUCCAUUAUUCCAAAAUUAAUCUCUCAAUAUUAGUUAUACUAGUAUCUACCGAGCCACAACUUUGAAAUUGAAUUUUGUGAGAAAGAAAGUCCAUUUCUCAUCUCCAAGAUUUCUUCUUUGGUUUUCAACUUCAUCUUCUCCCUGCUUCGAUUACAACCUCAUUGGUUUAUGAUGGCAAGCUUCUCUGAUUUGCCAAGUGAUAUAUUAAUGGAAAUCUUGUUCUUGGUACCACCCCAUUCUGUGCUUCAGUUAAAAUUUGUGAACAAGUUUUACUAUUGGGUGAUCUCGGAUUUCAUCAACAACCCAACAUUUGUUUCCAAGCACCUCUCCAUUACCAAAAACCAGUCCUCUACAUCCUUAAUUUUCAAAGGACCUUUAGUCCGUGUUAGUGAUCACUUAAUCUCAUACCCAUCAUCGACUGUAAUAUAUGAUGAUGAUGAUGAUGUUGUGGUGAACUAUUCUGUUACACCUAUCACAAGAUAUAUUAGUUUACCACUUAUUCAUGAUGAAAGGUGCAAUGAUGAGAAUCAACAUAAUCGGUUAUAUCACUGCGAUGGACUCAUUUUACAAGUAAAUACUCUUGGGAAAAUGAUGUUAUGCAAUCCUUUUUUGAAAGAAUUCAAGAUUCUCCCAGAGCCAAAUAACAUUAUACUUAGAGGGCCUCAUCCAAAGAUAGGAUUUGAAAUUGAUUCCACAACCAAUAACUACAAAUGUGUCUCUAUCUGGCUCUAUGAUCAAGAUUGCACAGUUGAGGUCUACACACUUGGUUCUGAUUCUUGGAGAGAGAUCAUCAUGAGGGAAAACAUUAAGGACAUUAUUAGAGGUACUACACUUGAAGAUGGUUUAUGUUGGAGAGGUGUUUGUUACUGGCUUGUGAAGUUUUUUAAUGAUAAAUAUAAACAUAUACUGACUUUUGACAUGAGGGAUGAGAAAUUUGGCCUCAUCUUAGAUUUUCCACUUGGAGCUUUGCUCACUUGUCAUUUGCCUCACCUGUCAAUGUGGAAUGAUUUACUUGUAUUGUGUUGGAAAGCCAAUGCCAAUACCCUUUGUAUCACAACCUUGAAUGGUACCAAAUAUGUUCACCUUACAAAAUUUGAAAAUCAAGUUCGUGUGUUACCAUUUUCGAAGAAGGAUGAUAUUUUAAUCAAAGUCUGGAGAGAUUCUAUGACUGAAACGAAGUUGGUGUCUUACAACCUUCUUAGACACAUGUGUAGAGAGUUUGUUUGGGAUGGAAACACAUUUGCUUUUUUUGAAUGUUUCUAUGUUAAGAGUUUGGUUUCUAUUAGGAGAUUUUGAGUUGAUUAAAAAUUGUAAUGUAUUGAUUCAGUUUUUGUGUUAGUGAUCUCAACAUGUAAAGCUUUUGUGUUUUUGGAGUAAUUGAUGUGUGAUACUUCUUUGAUCAUCUGUGACAAUGAGAAAUUCCUUCUUUAUUCAA